ACUUAAUUAUAUUUCUCUUCCAUCACUUUUAUAUCAUGGUCCGUCUCUAAGUUAAAGAAAGAAAAACCGUUGGACAGAUUUUCUGCCUCGCACAUAAUUAUCCAGCCAUCUUUUCAAACUUCGCGGACAGCCUUAACAGCGCGCGCUCGUCUCAGGCUGUCAUGGUAACUAAUCGAUUGUUCUGUGACGUUCUGGAUUUAGCCCACAAUUUACGCGCUGCAAAUAACACCGCGAAGUAGCUGCAAUGUCAUCUGGUUAUCAGAGUCCAGCGAUACUUCAAGUAUCCUGCUCUUUAAGCUCCAUUUCGUUGGGCGAAGAUGCACCGAUGUGUCGGAUUUGCCACAAUACCGGUGGAAAGGACCAAGGUCAAGAACCUUUACAUAAAGUUUGCUGGUGUAAAGGAACGAUGGGAAAAGUGCAUAAAUCUUGUUUGGAGUUGUGGUUAAAUUCAGUCCACAGCAACUCGUGUCCAAUUUGUCAUUUUCGUUUCCGCAUUAGACGAGUUUACAAGCCUAUCAAAAAGUGGCGAUGCCCUCCUAUGCAAGCAAACGACAUUGCCAUGCUGAUAUUCAAUGUUUUGUUUCUUGGGAUGGUAUGUGUUCAAGUUUCCGGUAUUGGAUUCCUUCUCAGUCAUUACAGUAAACAAUCAGAAUGCAACACUGCAGUGAGUUUAGGAAUUGCGGGAAUUGCGUCUGGACUCUUAUUUUUUUUCACUUUUUGGAUAGGAUCGAUAGUGAACAUCUAUACUUCUAGUUAUUGGGCUCUCUGGCGAAGAAAAAACAAACAUGUGGUAGUGAUCUUAGAAAACUUCAGUGACGCAGAAGUUGUUUAGUUUUCUUUCCUGAAAUUAUUUACAAUGUAGCACUUGAAUCUAUUGAAUCAUUCGGAACCCGAGUCGUUUAUCUGUCGAAUUCACAGCUA